UUUGUCUCAGUAGACCGAAUUCUGGUGAUGGAAUUUAUUCAAUAUGGCUCAUUAUUAAGUUAUCUAAGUUCACAUCGGUAUAGCCUCGCAUAUAAAACACUGUUAGGCUUCGGUCUGGACAUUGUUGCAGGCAUGGAGUAUCUCGGUAGUAUCAACAUUGUUCACAGAGAUUUAGCAGCGAGAAAUAUCCUAGUAGCGAACGAAGACCGAGUGAAAAUCAGCGACUUCUGUCUUGCGCAAGUGAUAGCUGCGAGUGAUUAUUAUGUAUUUAAAACCAUUCGUAAUAUUCCAAUUAAAUGAUAUGCACCGGAGAGCUUGAGGCAUAACAAAUUUUCAACGCGUUCGGACGUGUGGUCAUUCGGUGUGACAAUGUACGAGGUUUUUAGUUGCG